GCCUCAGCUGGCCACGCCCCCGGCCCGGUCCGCUCCGACCCCGAAUUGGGUCCCUCCGCCGUCCGCGCGCGCCGCUUCGGUCCGCUCUCGAAUUGGUCCCGCUUUCCCCUGGCGGCGCGCGUCGCUUCGGUCCGCCCGCAAUUGGUUCCGCGCCCGGGUAGGUGCGCGCGGGUCCCCGCGGUGCGCCUCGCUCAGCCGGGGGGACGGGGCGGCGGAGGACGUGUAGUGUGAGCCGGGGCCCCCUCCCCUCCCCGGCCCGCCUGCCCCAGUGCCCGCCUGGCACCGCUCUGCUCACAGCAGCUGCGAGCGCCUUGUGAGAGCGGGUCGCGGACGGCCGGAGCAGGCGUUGUGUGCGACACAGCCCGGCCGGGGCCUGGCUGACACGCGGCCCCCGGCGCAGCCACUCGGGAUGCGUGCCACGUGCAGGCAGGGCCCAGCCUGCCUGGAGCAGCUGCCAGGAAACCAUUACACAUGUCUGCACAUUGGACACUUGGACACCUAAUGAGAAGGGAUGGCUGUUACUCUGCACACUGAUGUGGGAGAUAUUAAAAUAGAGCUGUUCUGUGAACGAACUCCUAAGGCUUGUGAAAAUUUCCUGGCUCUUUGUGCUAGUAACUACUACAACGGCUGCAUAUUUCAUCGGAAUAUUAAGGGCUUCAUGGUACAAACAGGGGAUCCAGCAGGCUCUGGGAAAGGAGGUAGCAGUAUCUGGGGCAGGAAAUUUGAAGAUGAAUUCAGUGAAUACCUAAAGCACAGUGUUCGCGGAGUUGUUUCCUUAGCAAACAAUGGUCCUAAUACCAAUGGAUCUCAGUUCUUCAUCACAUAUGGGAAGCAACCACAUCUGGAUAUGAAGUAUACUGUCUUUGGGAAGGUAAUUGAUGGCUUGGAGACCCUGGAUGAGUUGGAGAAGCUGCCAGUGAAUGAGAAAACGUAUCGACCUCUUAACGACGUUCAUAUUAAGGACAUCACAAUUCAUUCCAAUCCUUUUGCUCUAUAGAGAUUGGUCAGGCUAACUACUGAUCACGAUGUUUACACUGGAAGUGUCAGUAAAAUUCUGUCAUGCCUUUACUCCUUGACGGCAGGACUUUCAGUAACUGAUAGCGUCAGACAUGGUCCCAGUGGGAAAAAUGAACUCUGGCUUUUUUAAAUCUAGAUAUUCCACAGUCCGCCAAGACUUUGGUUUGUAAUUUUUUUGUAUUAUUAUUUUGUACAUGUGGAGAGAAGAUGAGGGAAAGAAUUGUAACAACCAUAUACACAUCCCUUUCCCAACCUGUGUUUUUGUCUAAAUAUUCUUUUGAGUCUUUCCUAGGACAUUUUAAUAUUACUUACCUAAUGCCUUUCUAAGAAUAAUUGUUAGCCUUUUUCCUAGAAGACAGCACUCUCAUAAAGACAGACCCUGCAUAAAGAAGCUCCUGCCUGGGAAUCUACUUGACCAUAAACUGCUCCUCCCUUCAGCAGUGCAACCAAUGAAUACUUACAACAGUUUAACAAAUGCCAUUUUAUAACUGUUUAAGAGUUGAAAAUCAUUAAACAAUCUUCAGUUUUUAACUGGGAAAAAUGUUACCUGCAACAAAUCUCUGGACGUAGAUUUAGCUAAUGUAUAAGAAUUUACGCUGCUUGUUACAGCUCCAACCCAAAAUAAAGCUUCCCUAGUAUUGGGCCAUAUAAAGUGUUAGUUUUCCA